UGGCAGACGAAACUUCUUCAUCUACCAAGACAUCUAUCAAAGCAUCCAAAGCAUCCAUCGAGUCCACCAAGACUUCAGUUGCUCGAUCACACACAAUCAUGACAGCACCCAGCCCCGUCGACGCUCCCUCUCAUAUCCUCCAACUCCUCGCCGACCUCCACCAGAAGUCCCUGGACCAAGAGGCUCUCCUCUCCAAAACCGGCAAGGUCUUUUCCUCGAGCAUCCUGAGCGAGCUCCAAGGUCAGGACCCCACCAUCGCCACCCCUGCGAAUCCCAAAGAGCAGUUUGACCGCCUCAUGCUCGACAAGUUCAUCGCCUUGGACCAAGAUAAAUGUCAGUUCACCUACCAGCUGAUCACUGCAAUGGGCGCCACAAAUAUCGUCGAAGCCGGUACUAGCUUCGGCGUCAGCACUAUCUACCUGGCCCUGGCCGUUGCGAAGACUACUGCCCGUACUGGGAAACCGGGCAUCGUGAUCGCUACCGAGAAGGAGGCCUCCAAAGCGGCGGCGGCACGGGGGUACUGGGCGCAGUGCGGCCCCGAGGUGGAACGGCACAUUGAUCUGCGCGAAGGGGACCUGUUGAAAACGUUAAAGGGCGGAUUGCCGGAGGAGAUCGACCUACUGCUUCUUGAUAUCUGGUCUGCGCUGGCCUUGCCGACGCUGCAAACGGUCUUGCCUCGUCUGCGCCGCGGUGCAGUGGUGCUCACAGAUAACACCGUCUCGGGGGCCAAAGGAUAUGCCGAUCUUUUGGCAUUCUUGCGGUCCCCUGAGAAUGGCUUCCAGAACAUGACGCUGCCGUUUUCCAAUGGCUUUGAGAUGAGUGUUUACUUACCGUGAUUGGAGCAGAGAAGCUGUCGUUGUCCAGUGUGUAGGGUUUACUUUCUGUAGAGCCUGAGUAAUUUGCAACUAUGUACCGC